AACCAAAACCCCUCUUUUCUCCCUUCAGAAAGUAUCACUACUGUUGCUAUUUUUGGUUUUCUAUUUUAUCACAUACACAUGGAGGAAGCAAUGAGGCGUCUCAACGGGGUAGCUCCGAUUAUCGGACCCGACUCGAAAGGCGACGGUGGACUCAUCGCCAAUAACCCGAAACGGACCUCGGCCGUGAACAAGAGGGCUUUAAGAGAAGACGGCGGCGGUGGUGGCGGCGGCGGAGCGAUGAGGUACCGCGGCGUGAGGCGCAGGCCGUGGGGGCGUUACGCGGCGGAGAUAAGGGACCCUCAAUCGAAGGAGCGGCGAUGGCUGGGAACCUUCGACACGGCGGAGGAAGCCGCUUGCGCCUACGACUGCGCUGCUAGAGCCAUGAGGGGUCUCAAAGCUCGCACCAACUUCGUUUACCCAACUUCUCCGCAACCUUCUUCCGCCACCACCGAACACUUGUUCCCUAACUUCAACAACAACAACAACUUUCACAAACACUCACUCUUCAAUCACCACCGUAACCGCCACAUAACCGGUUCCAACACUUGUUUUGACCAACCUCACUCCGUUGACUUUUCAGCCCCUCGAAACCCUUCUUCUCUCAACAUGCUUCUCUUUCGUGACCUUAUUCACUCUAACCCUUCUUUGCUUUCUUCUUCUUCCACUCAGAACUUCCACGACCAGUUUUACAACAAGAGUACUUCUACUUUUUCAUCGUUACCUGUUUCUCCUUCUCUUGCUCCCCCUAGUUAUUCGAUGAAUAAUUCUUGUGGAGGAGGCUCUUUGUCUGUUAAGAUGAACACGUUUCCCACUUGUGGAACUAAUUUUGCUGAAAAAGGUGAUGAUGGUGAUGGUUUUUUCUCUCGUGAGUCUUCGGAUUCGGGGUUGUUGGAGGAGAUAGUUAACAAGUUCUUGCCUAGAACGAAGCCUAGUAAAUGCGAGACUACUUUUGCAAAUCCUCAGGAGGAGUCGCUUCUUCUCCCUCCGCUUGUUUCUGAAUCAACGCUUGUUUCCACCGGGCAACAAUACUAUGAUGAUGACAUGAAAAAAGGGUUUCCAAAGAACGGGGGUCUAGGUGUUUUUUAUUCUGAUCAAGGUUUUCCCAUGCAGCAAUUCGACACCUCUAAUGGGUUUAAUAGCAUGGCUAUGGAGAAUGAUCAAAACAUUAUUAAUAAUGCAGAGAACUGUGUCGUUGAAGAUGUUUUUCAGUACCAAGAGCUUCUUAAUGCUUUCGCAAUCAGAAUGCAAAAUGCUUAAUUAGUUAACAUUUCCAGUGUCUGCAUCUCAAUGCUAGUUGUGUAUGUAGUCAUGUUGAAUCUGUCACUUCUCAAUGUUGGUCUGGCCUUUCAAUUAGAAACUUAUUAAUCAUUAGGGCCUUUUGUUCCUAGGUUUAAUUAACCAGGUUAUUUUGUUCGUGCUUACUAUGUAGUAUUAUGCCCCUCUGGCUUCCUUCCAGUAGUAUUAUGUAUGGAACUAUGGAUAAUUUGAAAGCAAUAUA